UCCUGUGUGCUAGAGAUAAAAACACAAGGAAAGCGCCACCAGCUUUUGGAAACUUCCUUUCUAUUGCAGGGGAAAUAGUAUAUGUACAAAAAAGUAAAUAUAAAGUAAUUUCAAAGAUUGGGGCCUGGGGAUAGGGGAGAAAAGGAAAAUAAAGCAGGCAAUGUCUUGCAAAGAAGAUGGCACUUAAGCUGAACUUUGCAGGAAAUUUAGGAUUCUGUGAAGCAUUGAUGAAGAGGAAGUACACUCAAACAGAAGGUAGAGCCUACACCAAAAGCUUGGAAAUAAGAGAUGGAAUGUUGUGCAUGGGGAACAACAAGUCUGCUAUUUGGCCAGACUAGAAUUUGUGAAGUAGAGAAUAUGCAUUUAGCAUAGAGAGGUCGAGUAGAUCCAGACUCUUAAAGGGUUUUAAAAGCCAAACAGGAAUUUGUAUUUUAUCCCAGAGAUAGGAGGGAGCCACUGGAGCUUCUUGAAUAGGGGAAUGUCUGAGUACUGUAAGACCAUUUUGGGCAGCUAAAUAGAAGAUGGUUUGGAUAUGAGCGAGACUUGAGAUAGGGGGACUAAUGAGAAAGUUAAUCCAAUACUCUCAGUGAGCCAUACCAAGGGCCUGAGCAAAGGGGGUCAGAGGAUCCAGCUUUUUCAUUUGUUAGUUGCAUGACCUUGGGCCAAUCACUUAAUCUUUCUGAUCUCUGUCUUCUCAUUUGUAAAAUGCAGAGGUCCUUCUAAGUGUGAUUUAAUGGCCUUUUCAGCUAUAAAUCCUAAUUAUUCCAAUUUAGAUUUUCGUAAAAAGAAAUGAAGUUCAAACUAGUAAGUCUGGGUUUAAGAGGGAGGAGUUUUGAGAUACAUUUAAGUUUUGUUUAAGGAAAAAAACCAACUUCCAGAUAAUUAGAACUGUCCAGAAGUAGUGAGUGCUGUCCUUGUGAUAAACUCUCCAACAUGGAAGGUAAAAGUAAAAGCAGAGGUUGGAUGAAUACUAAUUGGGGUUGUUGGAGACAUGAAUCCCGUUCAGUUAGUUGUUGGACUAGAUGGUUCAUUUUAGUUUAGAGGAUCUAUAAUUUUACUUUUCCAGCCUUCACACAUACUUCAUAUAUAUUUUUAAAAAUACACCGGACACAUUCCUGCUACCGUCUGUACCAUCCUCAUCUCAAAGAAAUUCAUCCUCCCCCAGCCCCCAAUGCUUGGAAUUAUGCUUUCAUAAGGAACAUUCUGAAUUAUGGAAGUUCUAAAAUUCAGUUUGCUUUCCUGGCAAAUCUGGCUUUGAAAUCCCUUACUGGCAAGACUGUUAUAUGUUGAUUCUUACUGUAACUUUUCAAGGACCAAAGGCUUUUAAAGAUAGUUGAAAGUGGGAUUAGCUUCAGAGAUAGAACUAAGACUGAACCAAUGUAUAUAAGUUAUAGGGAAUCAGAAUCUAGCUGAUUAUAAAGGGAACAUUUCUUAAUGGAGUUGGCCAAAAAUGAAAUGGGCUGUUUUAGAAGGAGUUUUUUACUACCAAAGGCCAUCCAAUUGGAUGACCAUUUGUUAGGGAUAUUGAGGGCGUUCAUAAUUUAAGCAUGGUUGGGAUUAGACUUCUGGACUUCUGAGGUAUCUUCCAGUUGCAAGAUUCUAUAAUUCUUUGAAAAAGGUGCAAUGGAUGAGCUUCACAGUUUAGAUCCAAGAAGGCAAGAAUUAUUGGAAGCUCGAUUUACAGGAGUUGUAAGUGGAAGCACUGGGAGCACUGGAAGUUGCAGUGUUGGAGCUAAAGCCUCAACAAACAAUGAAAGUUCUAAUCAUAGUUUUGGAAGCUUGGGAUCUCUAAGUGAUAAAGAAUCAGAGACUCCAGAGAAGAAACAGUCAGAGCCAUCCAGAGGAAGAAAAAGAAAAGCAGAAAACCAAAGUGAAAGCAGUCAGGGAAAAAGUAUUGGGGGACGUGGCCACAAAAUUAGUGACUAUUUUGAAUAUCAAGGGGGGAAUGGCUCCAGUCCAGUAAGAGGAAUACCUCCUGCCAUCAGAUCACCUCAGAAUUCACAUUCACAUUCCACUCCUUCCUCUUGUGUUCGGCCGAAUAGCCCUUCUCCUACUGCAUUAGCUUUUGGGGACCACCCUAUUACACAACCAAAGCAGUUAUCUUUUAAAAUUAUUCAGACUGAUCUCACAAUGCUGAAAUUAGCUGCACUAGAAAGUAAUAAAAAUCAGGACCUGGAAAAGAAAGAAGGUCGAAUAGAUGAUUUGCUCAGGGCUAACUGUGAUCUUAGACGUCAAAUAGACGAACAGCAGAAAUUACUUGAAAAAUACAAAGAAAGAUUAAAUAAAUGCAUUUCAAUGAGUAAGAAACUUUUAAUAGAAAAAAGCACACAAGAAAAACUGGCAAGCAGGGAGAAGAGUAUGCAAGACAGACUACGCCUUGGGCAUUUUACAACAGUUAGACAUGGUGCUUCAUUUACUGAACAAUGGACAGAUGGUUUUGCCUUUCAGAAUCUUGUGAAACAACAAGAAUGGGUAAAUCAACAAAGGGAGGAUAUUGAAAGGCAAAGAAAGCUCCUGGCAAAGAGAAAACCACCGACUACUAAUAAUUCUCAGGCACCCUCUACCAAUUCUGAACCAAAACAAAGGAAAAACAAAGCUGUCAAUGGAGCAGAAAAUGAUCCUUUUGUUAGACCUAAUUUACCACAAUUGCUCACUUUAGCAGAAUACCAUGAACAAGAAGAGAUUUUCAAACUUAGACUAGGACAUCUCAAAAAGGAAGAAGCAGAAAUCCAGGCAGAACUUGAACGUUUGGAAAGAGUCCGGAAUCUUCAUAUACGGGAACUCAAAAGGAUAAACAAUGAAGAUAAUUCACAGUUUAAAGAUCAUCCCACGUUAAAUGAACGAUACUUGUUACUUCAUCUGCUUGGUAGAGGUGGCUUUAGUGAAGUAUAUAAGGCUUUUGACCUUUAUGAACAAAGAUAUGCUGCUGUGAAGAUCCACCAGCUUAAUAAAAGCUGGAGAGAUGAGAAGAAGGAAAACUACCACAAACAUGCCUGCAGAGAGUAUAGAAUACACAAAGAACUGGACCACCCCAGGAUAGUUAAACUAUAUGAUUAUUUCUCCUUGGAUACAGACACGUUUUGUACAGUGUUAGAAUACUGUGAAGGCAAUGACUUGGAUUUCUAUCUCAAGCAACAUAAAUUAAUGUCAGAGAAAGAAGCUAGGUCCAUUGUAAUGCAAAUUGUAAAUGCACUAAGAUAUCUCAACGAGAUCAAACCCCCUAUUAUCCAUUAUGAUCUUAAACCAGGAAAUAUCCUUUUAGUAGAUGGAACAGCAUGCGGAGAAAUCAAAAUUACUGAUUUUGGCCUGUCCAAAAUUAUGGAUGAUGAUAGUUAUGGCGUGGAUGGAAUGGAUCUAACCUCUCAAGGGGCAGGGACUUAUUGGUAUUUACCUCCAGAAUGUUUUGUAGUUGGCAAAGAGCCUCCAAAGAUUUCCAACAAGGUUGAUGUAUGGUCUGUUGGAGUCAUCUUUUUUCAGUGUCUUUAUGGUAGAAAGCCAUUUGGUCACAAUCAGUCUCAACAAGACAUCCUUCAAGAAAACACAAUAUUAAAAGCCACAGAAGUCCAGUUCCCAGUGAAACCUGUUGUAAGCAAUGAAGCCAAGGCUUUCAUAAGACGUUGUUUAGCAUACCGUAAAGAGGAUCGAUUUGAUGUCCAUCAGCUGGCCAAUGAUCCUUACCUUCUCCCCCACAUGAGAAGAUCAAAUUCUUCAGGAAAUUUGCAUAUGGCUGGACUGACAGCCCCUACACCCCCUUCUUCAAGUAUAAUUUCUUAUUGACAUGGCUCCAAGAUUGGCAUGAUGUCUUUCAAUUGUUUUCAAAUGCAGACUUAUUUGAGAGCAUUUGAGUGUUUUUUACACAAGACAAGAUUGAAAACUUUUCAAACUGAAGUUCUUCUUUAGUGUAAUUUGUAUUCGAGUGGAUCAUGGACUGUGAAUAAAUGUACUCUUCUGACUGUAACCUUAAACAUUGAAGGAUCACUACCUGUUGCACACAGACAAGAGUACUGUGUUUAAGAGGGGGGAAAUGGGUCUUCGGGGGUUUUUUGGGGGGAGACAUUGUAAAUAACCUUUAUAAUACUUAAAUAAAUUUUUGGCUGAUACUGGAGAGUUCUAAUAUGAAGGGUAGUUUUUCAUUAUUUAAAAUUCAUGGAGGAAAUAUCAGACAAAUUCUAACACAAGAACUACAGUGCCUGUGUCCAUGCAUUAGCCAUUCAGCAGGAAUUCUGCUGACACCAAAGUAAGAAGUGAAUGAUAGUCACCUUGUAUUAUGGAAUAAUGGAAUAUCAUAGACUUUUUGGACAGAGUUAAACUUUGUUUUUUGCCUCUUUGGGCUUUUGCAGAGUUAUACCUCAAAACCAUGUUUCUUUUUUCCCCAUUGGUUAUGUCAUUCUGAAUGGUGAGCUAUUCCUAGAUACUUUGCCUUUGAUUAAAUCCAAUGCUUAUUUUGAAAUCUUGUUGAAUUAGCUAAAUUGUAAUAUUUUUUGUGUUUCCAAAAUGUUAGAAUUUUUAACAAGUAUUUCAUAAUUCAUUUCCUGACCUUGUGAUAAAAAGCAAAUGGCAGUAUGUAACCAAAUGCAGACCAGUUCUAUGCAGGAUAAUGAUCAAUUCCCUUCAAGUUCUAUUGUAAAUUGUUGUACAGAUGUUGUAUUUUCAAUUAUACAUGAGUUUCAGCAGCUUAUUCUUGUACAAAUGUUUAAAAUAUGGCUUUUUCUAAUUGGAUAUUGUAUUUUUUUUAAGCCUCCUUAAAUGCGCUUUAAUUGCUGCUAAAUGAUGUUGCUUUUACCUUUGCAAAAAAAAAUUGAAUGACCUCCUUAAAGGUGCAAGUUCACUGUAUGUCAUAGAUAAUAAAAGUAGACAGUUCAUUAACAAUCAAGGCAAGUAUAACUAUACUACAUUGGACAUAUCAGCUCUGUGAAGUCAGUUUCUUGUGCUCUAAUGCCGUGGGCACGGAUUCUGGAUUUAGAAAUUGUUAAUGGUUAUUCUACAUUUCAGGAAGGUUCCUCUUGGCAAGGUGGGACGGUAUUCCUAAAAAGAAGUGUUUCUUGUGGUUUGUACAGAUGUGUUAAAAUGUGAAACAUUUUUCUAACUGCCUUGUAUGGUAGAAGCUAUUUUUUUCAGGAUGCUGUAUUUCUGUCCUGUACAUUGCUCCUUUUGCUGUCACAUUCAUGAUGCUGAAUACUUAUCUGUAAGUAAAUUUUGUCCAUGUUGCAGGAAAAGGAGGCUCUAUGACCACAGGUCCUCAUUUAAUAUUGUACAUUUAAACCAUGGCUCUUGUUUCUAAUGUUGCAAGCCAUUUUGUUUUUCACUGUACAUAAACACGUUAAACUGUCUCUUUAAGAUGCUGCUGAAAUUGUAGAGAAUGUAGCCAAAACAGUAAUAAACGAUGACAAUUGAAAUUUAAA